AUAAUUUAAUUAAUUUAUUGUUAAACAGCCGUCGGAUAGUAAAUUUGUUUAUUAACGCGAUGACUGCAUUCGAAGAAUUUGGUGUGCUACCUGAGCUUGGCAAGGCGACUGAUGAGCUAGAUUGGACAUUACCCACCGAUGUGCAGGCCGAAGCAAUUCCGCUUAUCCUAGGUGGCGGCGAUGUGCUCAUGGCAGCAGAGACGGGUUCUGGAAAAACAGGGGCAUUUUGCUUGCCGAUUUUGCAGAUUGUGUGGGAAACCUUGCGUGACUUGGAAGAAGGAAAGGGCAUAUCCGCUAGUGGUUCUACAGGCGGCAGUGCCCCACCAUGGACAAUGUCGUUCUACGAUCGGGGAAAUUUGCUAGCAGUUACUUCUGAUGGGCUCCGUUGCCAGUCUCGCGAGUUUAAGGAAUGGCAUGGUUGUCGCGCCACUACUGGAGUUUGCGGUAAAGGAAAGUUCUAUUUUGAGGCAAUUGUCACGGAUGAGGGUCUGUGCCGCGUAGGGUGGUCCACACAGCAGGCCAAUCUUGACUUAGGUACGUGCCGUUAUGGCUUUGGUUUUGGUGGCACAGGCAAAAAAUCUAACAACCGCCAGUUUGACGAUUACGGCGAAGCUUUCGGCAAAAGUGAUGCUAUAGGUUGCAUGCUGGACUUAGAUAAUCUGGAAGUUUCCUUUUCCAAGAAUGGUCAGCAUCUUGGAUUGGCUUUUCGUAUACCGGAUAACAUGCGUAAUGAUACAUUUUAUCCAGCAUUGGUCCUUAAGAACGCAGAAAUGUUGUUUAACUUUGGUAAAAGUGAAUUCAAAUAUCCACCUGGAAAUGGCUUUUUAGCCGUGUGUCAAGCAGGCGCAGACCACACGAAAGCUAAUCCAUUGGCCAACCCAUCUACCAAUACAGCCGCUACAAAACCUGCUCCCAAUGCACCGCAGGCCAUCAUAAUAGAGCCCAGCCGCGAGCUAGCGGAGCAAACCUACAACCAAAUUGAAAAAUUUAAGCUGUAUUUAACCAAUCCCGUAGUGCGCUCCCUGUUGCUUAUUGGUGGUGUGAAGCUAGAAUUGCAAAAACAGGAACUUCUUAAGGGUAUACACAUUGUGGUGGGAACGCCCGGCCGCCUAGAAGAGUUGAUCAAUAGUGGCCUUGUACAGCUCACUCAUUGUCGUUUUUUCGUGUUGGAUGAGGCGGAUGCAUUGCUUAAGCAAGGUUAUACAGACCUUAUCGAACGCUUGCAUAAACAAAUCCCAAAAAUGACAGCCGAUGGACGACUCCUUCAGAUGAUCGUUUGCUCUGCUACGCUCCAUGCCUUCGAAGUAAAAAAAAUGGCCGAAAGACUAAUGAAAUUCCCCACGUGGAUCGACCUGAAAGGCGAAGACGCUGUUCCAGAAACCGUGCAUCAUGUGGUAUGUCUGGUUUGCCCAAAAACUGAUAGCACCUGGAAGAACCUGCGGCAACCCUUAUGUACAGAUGGUGUACACGACCGCGACAAUGUGCAUCCCAGUAACUGGACGCCUGAAACACAGUCACAGGCGGUAAAGCUGCUAAAGGGCGAGUACUGCCUCAGAGCCAUAAAUGAACACAAAAUGGAACGCGCCAUCAUAUUCUGUCGUACUAAACAGGAUUGUGAUAAUUUGGAACAGUUUUUGCGCUCAAGGGGCGGCCAGAGCUAUUCUUGUGUCUGCCUACAUGGCGAUCGUAAGCCCCAAGAGCGGAAACAGAAUUUGGAGAUGUUUAAGCGUGAGAAGGUAAAGUUUCUGAUAUGUACAGAUGUUGCUGCACGUGGAUUGGAUAUUACUGGGCUGCCUUUCAUGAUCAACAUGACAUUGCCUGACGAUAAAACCAAUUAUGUUCAUCGCAUUGGGAGAGUUGGGCGCGCUGAGCGCAUGGGUUUGGCCAUUAGCCUCGUUUCGACUGUGCCUGAAAAGGUAUGGUAUCACGGUGAAUGGUGUAAGUCACGUGGUCGCAAUUGCAACAACACCAAUCUUACGGAUGUGCGCGGCUGCUGCAUUUGGUACAACGAGCCCAAUCUUCUAGCAGAGGUGGAAGAGCAUCUGAACAUUACCAUACAACAGGUCGACAAAUCCCUUGCCGUGCCUGUCAACGACUUCGAUGGGAAUGUUAUUUAUGGUCAAAAACAUCUCUUCAGCGGCACAGGAUACAAGGAUCAUGUACAACAGCUAGGGCCGGUGGUGCGUAAACUAACAGAUUUAGAGCUGCAAUCACAAUCUUUAUUUUUGAAACGCUUAAAAGUUUAGGACUAGUAUUUUAAAAUAAAUGUAAAUCCUGUGAAGAUAAA